CCCGUUCCAACCCCCCGGACGCCGGACUGUCCCAAUGUCUGAUAAGCCCCCUCCCCCCACGGCGGCCGGUCGUGGUGGCACCGCCCGGCCGGUGGCCCGUGGCGCGGCUCGCCCCGGCCCCGGCGCCGCGGCCGGACGCCUCUCUUCCCUGAAGCCGGCUGUCGGCGCGGCGGCCGGCCCUGGCGGGGCUUCUCUGGGGGCGGCGGCGGCUGGCCCGGGCCUUGGCAUGGCCGGCCCCGGGCGCGGUCGCUUUGCCCCCACCAUCCCCGCACGCCGAAACAAGCCCAACAGCCUGCUGGCGCAGGUGGCCGCACCGAGCGCCCCAGCGCGCGGCGGGCGCGGCGGGCGUGGCGGGCGUGGUGGCGGCCCUGGCUCCGCCGCACGUGGAGGGCGUGGGCGUGGUCGACCCUUCCAGCCUGAGCACGGCGAAGUGGCCUUCAUCGGCCAGGGCGGCCCGACGCGGACAUCCUCCGGUGGCGGCGGCGGCGGGGGUGCCGGGCGCGGCUGGGGCGGCGGCCGUGGCGGCCGCGGCGGGGGCGGCAUCGGCUCCGGCGGCAGCUCCUUCGCUCCUCCCGGUGGUGACACUGGCGAGAUGGAUCGCAGUGACAGUGAGGACGAGGACAAGGAUCUGCCCGGCUCGCCGAAGGAGAUCGAUGACGGCGUGGACGCCGCCCUGGCCUUCGCCCUGCCGGAUGGCUCGCUAAAUCCCAUUGCCCCAACUAGCCUUCCCUACCCCUCCUUUGAUCCGUUCCCGCACCAGUCGCAUGUGGACUUGCGUUAUCCUCCCGACUCGGCUGCAGCCUCGCUCUUCUCCGGGUCUCUUGGCCUGGACGAGCGUCUGCUCUUUGUCCAGCUGCCGGCGGUUCUGCCAGGCGCACCGCGCGAUGAGCCGGCCUCCGGCGACACAUCGGCCAGCCCGGAGUCCGCGUCUGACACCACGUCCGCCACGCCCUCCUCCUCCGGCGUAUCGAGCUCCGGCUCCAGCCUGACCAGCCCCAUGACCUCGCCCGGUGGCAUCGCCGCGGCAGCGGCCGCCGCUGCUGCGGCCGCCGGGACCCUCGGCCUCCCGGACACCACCCCGGUGGCGACCAACUUCUCGCCGUACAUCCAGAACCUGCCGGACGGCCAGCUGGGCAAGCUGUAUGUCCACGCCUCGGGCCGGAUGCGUCUGCGCCUGGGCCCGGGGCUGUGGUUCAACAUCGACCGCGCACCGGACAGCGACUCCGUCCAGCAGGUGGUCGCCAUCGAUUCGACCGGCGGCAAUGCCUGCUUCCUGCUCGGGAACAUCACAUCCCGGCUGACCUGCUCGCCGGACAUCACGGCCAUGCUCUCGAACCUGACCGUGUCGGGUGGCGGCGGUGCCGGGGCAUCCAGCUCGGCCGCGCCCACUGCCGGCGGGGAAUGAGACACCGGCGCCCGUGGAGGAGAGGGGCGAGGGGGGCACGCGCGUGCGUGACCACGCGAAUGCCUUCCUCCCUCGGGGUGUCGCUCGGGGGGGGUGCCCCCUCCCC